UUGCCAACCGUAGAAGAAGGUGAUGCCAACAACGAUUCAAUCGACGAGGAACAAUAUGGUAAUCCGGAUAAAUUGUCAGAAAAAGGACGUGAGCAAAUCAAGGAACAAGUUGACACUGCUCUUUCUGCUGGUGCAGAGAAAGCAGAAGUAUUAGUCGAAACUGAUGCAAUUUUUAUUGUUUGUAAGGUUCACAAACUGUUAGGAGUCUGCGAUUGCUCUAAAAUUGACUUUCUUAGGGCAAAAUUUACAUUCUUCCGAGCACAAGCCUCCAACUCUUUUCUCUAAUUAGCUAAAAAUGUUUUUCAAUGAAAAUUAAAGUUCAUAAUAUAAGCAGAUUCCUAACAGUUAGAACCAUUUUUUGUUUCUUUUUUGUUCUUUUCAAUAAAUUUUUGUGAAAAAAAUGUGUUUUUGAUUUGAAAAAAGUUGGGAAAAAUGAUCAAAAAAUGGUGAAAAAUUGGUGGGAAAAAGUUGAAAAAUUGACCAAAAAAUGGUGAAAAUUUUUUUGGUGCAUUUUUGGUCAAUUUUUGUUCAAAAUUUUUUUGACCAAAAAUUGACCAAUUUUUGGUCAAACUCCCAGGACCAGUGCUGUAAAAAUUUUUUCUCUCUCGUUUUCUCUUUCUUCUCUGGAAAAAUGCAUUAUUUCUCUCGAGCAACACAACUCGAGCUCUUCUUCGUUUUGAAUACUAUUUCUCCUUCCUAAACUUGUUUGUUUUCUGUUUGGAUUCAAUCAAAAUCUCUGAGAUCUUUCAGAAAUAGUUUCUAUUAUUUGGUUUAUGAUUUUUCACAGCAAGAAAAAAGAAGAAAAUACAUUAAACACUUUAGUUGCGGACUCCCCCCUUUUUUCCAGAAAAAAAAAGUUGGCGGUGCCCAUAUGUUGAUUGUGCGGCGUGUGUGUUUUUUGUUGCCGCACAAUUUUUUGUGUGUUUUUUUUGUUCGCAAGAGGCGACGCCUCCUCUUUCUGCAAAUACCGCUGCAUACCGUAUCCGCGGUAACAGAAAAAAUCUUUUUUUAGCUGUGAUAUAUUUUUAAAAGUUUGGGCCCUCGCGCACACCCGCUCAAACAAUGAAAAAAUUAGCAAAAUGCUGUUCUCAUUGGCGUACCAAUUUUAGCUACCUUAGAGGUCGUUAUAUGAAAAACUAAAAAUACCAUUAGAAUCAGCGUCUCAAUAUCUACAUUAAACUAUGUAACUCAUAUUUUUAGGGUUCCUGCGAAGAAAGUUACGAUUUGCGUCGAGACCACGCGGUUAAAUAAAUACAAGUCCCUUUAAUCAGCAACGUAAAUCAAUGAAAAAGUUGGCGUACCAAUUUUUGUUAGGAAAACAGGCGUUAGAGAAAAAAUGAAAAAUAACACGAGAUUCAGCGUGUCGAGAUCUACAUUAAUCCAUAAGAUUCAUAAUUCCUAGGAACCCAGGAAGGCCAGCUUUUCGAGACCCAAUAAAUUAAUUAAUGUAUGUUCCUUUGAACGAACAAAACAGUGUGAAUUUUCGAGAGACGCAGAGACGCGGUGUUUGCACACUUUUCGAUUGCGUUCUACAGUAGAAAAACAGUCAUUUCUCGUUUCAGCGGGGUGUAUAAUUAUUUUUUGAAAGUCACGUUUUUCAAAAAUAUCUGCAUCUUUUCUCUCUCAAGAUAUUUUUAUUGACCACAAAAUAUUUUUGAACUUUCAAUGUUUACAAACUCGUUUUUUCGGCGAUCAACAACAAUCUUAUCAAUAUAUUAUAGUGGUUGAUUUUAUUUUUUUCGAUACCAAUUAUUUUUCAGAUGUCACAAAACAACGAGGUCCGAAUAAUUGUAUUGGAAGAAGGCGAACAUUUAGAAAGUGUUAUUCGAAAAAUUGAAAAAGGAUGGAUUGUUCGAUUCAAAAGAGGAACUUCACUUCUUGGAAAACAAGUUACAGUAACAACAACAAUGUCGCCAGAUGAACAAUUAAAAUGGUCUGAAGGGUCUGAUCAUCUUGCAGUUUAUUGUGAAAUUCAGUGCAAUGUUGCCGGCUCAUUCAAAUAUUCAUUUUCAACAGAUGGAAAAGAAUCAGGAUCUGGAUAUUUUCUCAUAAUGCCUGAAUUGAAAGUCAAUGGAAAACCUCUUCCUUUGGAUGGUGUUGUUUGUCAAACUUAUCUUACAAAAUUAUUAGAAGAUUUGCCGUCUUGGAAAAGUCGUUUACAAGUUGCAAAAGAAAGUGGAUAUAAUAUGAUUCAUUUAACACCAAUUCACGAAUUAGGAAUUUCAAAUAGCAGUUAUUCAAUCAGUGACCAUCAUUCGUUGAAUUCGACUCUCGAUUCGGUAAUUUUGAUUUUAAUUCUGCAAAAUCGAUCAAACCAUCUUUAUUUUUAUCGAUUUUUUCCAAAGCAUCAUCCACUAAUUUUUCGAUGUUAUCUUCUUUCAAAAUUUCCAAAGUUUUACCUGAAAGUAAACAAAUAUUUUCAAUUUAGAAAUUUAAAAUGAAACAACCUGUGUCAGAUAUGAGAUGUCCUGAAAUUUCUAAUCCAUCGAUGAAUUUGUCAUGAUUGACAUCAAACAUAUUGAAAUAAUGAAAUGUUAAUUGCUCAUCGUUCAUUUUGCUUAUAUCGAUUUUGUCUUGCAAAUGCUCUUUUAUAUGACUAAAAGUUUUGAUUUGUAUUUUUUAACCGAAAAAAAAACAAACCUCUCAUCUCUAACUUCUUUUUCAUCAGCGAAUUCGUGAUUAUGUCCAUCUGAAAACCCAUUUAAAAAAUAACUGAAACUGCUCACAAAUUUUCACUCAUUUACCACAAAAAUAUGAUGGAACCAAAAAUUGAACCGAAAGUAAGAGCGCUAAUAGCCUCAUUUCGUUUUGCACAAAAUGAUUUCUUUUUGAUCGAAUCAAAAUUUAUUCAUUGAUUUUUUUCAUAAAUUCCAAAUAAAUAUAUAUUUUUACAGCCUGGUCAUAAAGCGACUCUAAAAGAUGUCGAUACACUUGUGAAGGAAAUUGAAAAAGAAUGGAAUAUAUUGACUGUACAAGAUGUUGUUUGGAAUCAUGCUGCAAAAAAUGCAAAGUGGAUUCUUGUACGAACAAUACUUUUUUUUAAACAAUUCAAUUCAAAAAUAUAAUUUUAGGAACAUCCAGAAUCUGCAUAUAAUUGUAUAAAUAGUCCACAUUUACGGCCGGCUUAUGUGAUUGAUCGAAUUUAUCAUCAUUUUGGAAAACAAAUUGGAGAAGGAGUUUGGGAAAAUCGAGGAGUUCCGAAAAUUGUUGAUAAUAUUCAUCAUAUUAAUGUGGGUAUUCUCGUUUAAUUUACAGAAUAAAAUCCACAUAUUUUCAGAAUAUUGAAUAUUUGUUGAGAGCUGAAGUUUUACCCAAAGCUAGACUUCACGAAUUCUUCCAAAUUGAUAUAAUAAAAACGAAAAGUCAUUUCGAAAAUUUGAUAAAAAAUGGUCCAACAAAAGAUCCGUUAGAUGGUGAAACAAUUGAAAUAAUCCAAGAUUUAAAAUGGAGAAGAUUUGGAAGUUCGGUUGAUUUUGAAAAAGCUUUGAGAAUUUAUAAUCAAGAAAGAGGAGAUGCAUCAAAUGAAAAUGAAAGAAUUCAAAAAUGUGUUGCAAGUUUUGGAGAACAUUUAGAAAAAUUGAAUAUGAAAGCGGGAGAAGAAUCUUGGAAUAUAAUUUUGGGUGGAUUGAAUGCUGUAAUGGGACAUAUAAGUUAUGAAAGAAUUGCGGAUCAUGGGCCCAAAAAAGGAUUGGUUUCACCAGAUUCACCAUUGACAACAGAGUGAGUUGUUUGGGAAAAUUGAAUGAAAACAUAUUUUGAUACUUAGAGAUUCAUAGUUUUUUAAAAACAUUUUUAAGUAAAAAUAAGCCCUUCAAAUAUUUAAUUGUCUCUAGAAAACUCUGAAAAUCUCAUUUUAUUCUUAUCUUUUUACAGUUACUUCCUUCACCUCGAACCUGAUUCAACUUGGGAAGAAGAAGAAAAAUUAGCAUAUGACGAAAAGAAAGGACAAUAUUUGAUGGUUUUCAAUGGUUGGGUUAUGAGUUCAAAUCCUUUGAAUAAUUUCGCAUUGCCCACUUCACAAGUUUAUCUUCGAAGAGAACUUGUUUGUUGGGGAGAUUCAGUUAAACUAAAUUAUGGAGAAAAACAAGAAGAUAGCCCAUUUUUAUGGAAUUAUAUGAAAGAAUAUACGUAGGUUUUUUAUUCGAAACUCUUUUGAAAAUAAAAUAAAUUCAGGCAACAAUGCGCAAAAAUUUUCCACGGUCUUCGAAUUGAUAAUGCUCAUGGAACCCCGAUUCAUGUUGCUGAAGCACUUUUGAAAUCAGCUCGAGAAAUUCGACCAGAUAUUUAUGUUUUUGCUGAAUUGUUUACUGGAAGUGAAUAUGCUGAUAAUAUGUUUGUAAAUCGACUUGGAAUCUCUUCACUUAUUAGAGGUAUGUAUUUUUGUCAAAAAAAAAUUUUAAAGAAAAAAAUUGAAAGGAACAUUUUUAUAUAGUUCAACAAAUUGCCCGAACUUCAGGAAUCUUUAAAAAAAUUAUUUUUUAACAAUUAUCAAUUACAGAAUUAUAUAUUUCAGAAGCUCAAUCUGCCCAUGACAGUCAUGAACAAGGUCGAUUGGUUUAUAGAUAUGGUGGAGAUUGUGUUGGUGCAUUUAUCCAAAGAUCUACCAGAUUGGCACCAUCUUCAAUUGCACAUGGUUUAUUUUUGGAUCAAUCACACGAUAAUCCGUCACCAAUUCGAACAAGAAGUGUUCGAGAUAUUCUACCAACUGCUGCAAUGUUAUCUAUGGCUUCAUGUGCUGUUGGAUCAAAUCGUGGUUAUGAUGAAUUCAUACGAGAUCAUGUAAGUUCUAAAGUUUCUCUUUUGAAUUAUCUCACAUAAAUUGAAUUAAUGUUUCUUAUAGAUCCAUGUUGUUUCUGAAGCUCGUCCUUAUUCAAGUUGGUUGAAAAAAGAAGAAGUUAGCCUUGAAAAAGGUAUUAUCCGAGGUCGUAAAAUUCUAAAUGAUUUGCAUGUUUGGUUGGCACAAAAUGGAUAUUCUCAAGUAUUUGUUGAUCAAAUGAAUUCGGAUAUUGUUGGAAUAACUCGACAUAAUCCAAUUACGCAUGAAACUGUUGUUGUUGUUUCUCAUACUUCAUUCAAUAGUUUCAAUUAUGUUCAUUAUCCUGGAGGUUUGAAACAUAUUCCAAUUGGAGGAGUUUUGGAAAAGGUUUUAUUCGAAAUGAAAUUAAAUGAAAUAUCACCAAAUUGGGAUAAGGAAAAUAGUGAAGUUUUGGUUGGAUUAUCGAAUUAUUCACUUGAAGUUAAUCAAAAUGUUGAAAUUAAUGGAUCAUCGAAUAUGUUCAAAGUUCAUGGAGGAAAUCAAGGAUUUAUUGAAUUGACUGGUUUUUCGUCUGGAUCUGUUAUUGGCUUCAAAAUUAAACCAUCUGAUGAAGCACAACAAGCUAUUGAAAAUAUUCAAAAUAUAAUAAAGGUCCCAAAUAAUAAACAAGAAAUUGGUAAGUUUUAAUUUUGAAGUUCAUAUGAAAUUUAAAACAUUUUCAGAAUUAGUAAAUGUUUUGAAAAAAGCAACCCUUCAACAAUUUAAUCAUAUUCUUUUCUCAUGCGAAUCUGAAGAAUAUUCAACAAUUCAACAAGGAGGAUAUGAUGUUCCGAAUUUCGGAAAAUUUGUGUAUUGUGGUCUACAAGGUCAGUGAAACAUUUCAAACAUCUUUUAAAAUUCUGAAUAUUCAGGUUUGAUCCCAAUUUUGGACAAAAUUCGAGAUAACAACGAUUUGGGUCAUCCAGUUUGCCAAAAUCUUCGAGAUGGAACUUGGAUUUGUGAUUAUAUUAUUGGAAGAUUGCAAAAAUAUCAAGGACUCGAAAACCUUGCAAGUAUUAUUUCUGAAAUUUUGAAGCCUCUCAAACAUGUACCGUAUUAUUUGAGACCUGCUUAUUUUGAAGCAAUUAUUUCAUAUAUUUAUGGAAAAGCAAAAAAUGAAGUUUUUGGAAGAAUGUCACCGUAAGUUUAGUCUAUAAAAUUUGAAGAUUCAGAGCACCAAAAAAAUUAUUAUUUAAAAAAAACAUUUUUUUUUUUCAAAAAUUAAUUUCAGAGAGAUUGCUGAUUCUUCAUCAUUAUAUCGAUGGUUAGCAAUUUCAACAGUUUCAUUUGUUGGUGAUAUUUCUGGUGCCGGAUUAGCUCCAAUUUCACCAAAAAUUGAAUUAGAAGACAAAAAAGCAUCUUCGCUAGCUGCCGGUUUGCCUCAUUUUGCAGUUGGAAUUUGGAGAAAUUGGGGAAGAGAUACAUUUAUUGCAUUACCUGGAUGUCUUUUAUCAACUGGUCGUUUUAAGGAUGCAAGGUUAGAUUUGGAUUUUGGUCUUAAAAAUUUUGAAGUUUUGAACCAGAAAAAAAUUAGUCAAUAAUUUGAAAUGAAACUCUUUUUUUCUUGUGGGAAUCUCUGCUUUUUCUAUUCAUUUUUGAAUUUUUCAGAAAUAUCAUUUUGGCAUUUGCUGGUUCUUUGAGACAUGGAUUGAUUCCAAAUCUUUUGGCUGAAGGAAUAGGUAAUUUUUUUUAGAAUUUCUCAUUUUUCCACAGGUUUUAUUUAUUUUCAGGUGCUCGAUAUAAUUGUCGGGAUGCUGUAUGGUUUUGGCUUGUAUCAAUUGUAAAAUAUGUUGAAUUGGCUCCAAAUGGACAAGAGAUUUUGAAGGAUACUGUUAGAAGAAUUUAUCCGACUGAUGAUGCCGUUUAUGGCGAUUUAGAUUUAGUAAGUUUAGUUUUCUUCAGCUCCGGUUUUAUUUUAAAACUACUUAGUUUCACUUUAGGAACAACCACUGAUUGAUACAAUUUACGAAGCACUUGACAAGCAUUUUUCUGGAAUUUCUUAUCGAGAAAGAAAUGCUGGAAAUCAAAUUGAUGAACAUAUGAAAGAUGAAGGUUUCAAUAUCAAAGUUGAUGUUGAUCGAGAAACUGGAUUUAUUUGUGGAGGAAAUCGAUGGAAUUGUGGAACUUGGAUGGAUAAAAUGGGAAGUAGCGAAAAAGCGGGAAAUCGAGGAGAGCCAGCAACUCCGAGAGAUGGAGCACCUGUUGAAAUACAAUCAUUAGCUUAUAAAUUAUUGAUUAGUUUAGAUGAUUGGAAUCGGAGAGGGUUUAUACAAAGAAAUUCAGUUUCAUCCGGUUGGUUUUUUGAAUUUUUGAAAAAAUUAUGUCAUUUUUGUUAUUGUAGAUGAAACUUGGACUUGGUUGAAUUGGGCUCAAAAAAUCAAGGAAAAUUUCGAGAAACAUUUCUUUGUUGAUGAAAAUGAUUCCAACAAAUAUGUAAAUCGGCGAAAUAUUGUGAAAGACACUGUUGGAUCCACCUUUGGUUAUACAGAUUAUCAACUACGAUGUAAUUUUGCAAUUGCUCUUGCUAUUUCUCCUGAUUUACUUGAUGCUCAAAAAGCUUGGAAAGCACUUGACUCGGCUGAAGUGCUUCUUGGUCCGCUUGGAAUAAAAACACUUGAUCCGAUGUGAGUUUUUGAUUUACUUUUUUGUCAACUUCGAAAAAUCAUUGGUUUUUAGAGAUUGGGCUUAUAAUGGAUAUUAUAAUAAUGAUGAUGAUGGAACGGAUAAGAAAAUAGCAAAAGGAUGGAAUUAUCAUCAAGGACCUGAAUGGGUUUGGGUUGCUGGUUUCUAUUUACUCGCACGACUUUCAAUUGGUGAAAGAAUUGGUGGAGAAAAACUUGAAUAUGCUGUGAAACAAGUUCAAUCACGAUUGGGAAAUGCUUACAAACAUAUAAUUGAUUCACCAUGGCGAUCUUUGCCAGAACUAACAAAUGCUAAUGGAGAUUAUUGUAAUGCUAGUUGCCCAGCUCAAGCGUGGUCCGUAGGAUGUCUUAUUGAAGCUUGCUCAAAAUUGAAUAAUAUUGCACAAAUCUAG